AUGGCGCCGUCCAAGACAGAUUAUGAAGCUCCGGCUGUGAUCAUCUCUCCGAAGGGCUAUCCAUUCGACAAUAUUGUUGACGCCUUGCGGUAUGCAGCAGCACAUACAACAGAAGGCAUUGUUGCCUAUCAGCAAAGCGGCAUCAACGAGUCUGCUCCGAGGACUCUAUCCUACAAGGACCUGCUACACCAGGCAGAGCAAAACGCGUCUGUCCUGUCUCAACAAGGAGUAUGUCGCCCAAAAUCAGUUGUCAUUAUUCACUUUGAAGAUACCUUGGACAGCAUUGUGUGGUACUGGUCUGUCCUACUCACUGGAGCCAUACCAGCCGUCACAGGGCCAGGGAUGUUCAGCCAAAACCCUGCAGACCGGCAGAAGCAUCUCCAACAUCUUUACAACACAUUUGGCGGCCCAAUCUGUCUCACGCGAUCCUCCUUGCUAGCACCCUUUCUAGAGCAAACAGGGCAGAAGCGAAUUGAUGCUAGAACAGUUGAAGAUAUAUUCGCAAAAGCAGGAGCUGACUUGGACUUGCCUCCAACAACACCGCACCCAUCGCCAAAUGAUGUCCUAGCCCUCAUGUUAACAUCGGGGAGUAGCGGGAAUGCAAAGGCUGUGCCUCUGACCCAUUUCCAGCUUCUUUCAGCCUUCCGGGGAAAAUCAGCGGUUGCCAGCCUUCGCUUCCCUAAAAGUCCAUUCCUCUCAUGGGUGCACAUGGACCACGUUGCGAACCUUGUGCACUGCCAUAUUUUUGCCAUUGUCUCUGGCGUCUCUCAAAUCCAAGUCCCUGCUACAGAUAUCCUCGUUGACCCGGCCAACCUGCUGAAUCUCAUCAGCCGACAUCGAGUAUCCCGCACCUUUGCGCCGAACUUCCUCUGUGCAAAGCUUCGACGGCAGCUAGAGGCUGGUAAAACUGAUACCCUGGAUGCUUGUCUCAACCUGGAAACACUAUACCUGGACACUGGUGGAGAGGCUAACAUCACCGAGGUCUGCGUGGCGCUGCAACAGCUGCUGGGCAAAUAUGGUGUCCCUGACGAUGUAUUCAAGCCCUCGUUUGGCAUGACAGAGACAGUGGCAGGGUGCAUUUUUAAUUCCCAUUGCCCAAGUUAUGACAGCAGUGAGCACCUUGAGUUUGCAGCGUUGGGGACCCCAAUGCCGGGCGUACAGAUGCGCGUCACCCGUCUUGAUGGCAGCGGUGCUCAGGCAAGUCCUGGUGAGCGCGGCAGUCUGGAAGUCACAGGCGAUGCCAUUUUCAAGGGCUACUACAACAAUCCCAUCGCAACGGCAGAUGCAUUCACCGAAGAUGGAUGGUUCCGCACAGGCGAUCUGGCCUACAUUGACGGGGACGCAUAUCUGCAUCUGGAUGGCCGGACGAAGGAAAUUGUUAACAUUAAUGGUGUCAAGUAUCUGCCUCAUGAACUCGAUGCGGCUCUUGAGCAGGCAGGGAUUGUAGGAGCCACCUCAAGUUACUUUUGCUGCUUUGGGACUCGCGAUGCCUCCAUGGAUACUGAGGUCGUGGCUGUGCUGUAUCUCCCAUCGUACGAGGAAGACGACGACGAGGCGCGGUUUGAAACGCAGAGUAAUAUCAUCCGCGUUGUCAGUAUGCACACCAGAUCCAAACCGAGGGUUGUCCCACUGCACUUGACAGAUAUGCCAAAGAGUACAUUGGGGAAGCUCUCACGGGCGAAACUCAAGGCAUCGCUAGAGGCCGGCACAUUCGUCAAACAUCAACUCCUCAAUGACAGCGCCAUAAAACGAUAUCGACAGAAGACCCGAGGCGAGCCAGAGACCACCGAGGAAACCACCAUUCUCAGCAUCAUCCGAGAGCAGCUGGAACUUCCAUCCGACGAUGACUUCGGGGUUAACGACUCCGUUCUCGCUACUGGAGCUACAUCAAUGGACCUCGUCGCCAUCAUGCAACGCAUCAACAAGCGCCUCGAGCUCGUCGCAAACCCCCUGCGCCUCACAGACACCCUCAGCCAGCCUACAGCCAGAGGCCUAGCAGCACGCAUUGCCUCCACGGCAUCCCAAGUAGCGCACGUAUACGACCCCGUCGUAACCCUCCAACCCCACGGCCACAAGACUCCCCUCUGGCUUGUGCAUCCAGGAGUCGGCGAAGUGCUUGUCUUCGUUAAUCUAGCACACCUCGUAACCGACCGCCCUGUCCACGCCUUUCGCGCAAAAGGCUUCAACGCCGCACAGGGCGAAACUCCCUUUGCGAACCUCGAGGAUCUCUUGACAACAUACCACGCCGCAAUCAAACAACGACAGCCUCAUGGUCCGUACGCGAUAGCGGGGUACUCUUUCGGCGGGAUGGUUGCGUUCGAGGUGACAAAAAUGCUUGAACGCGGGGGUGACGAAGUGCGAUACUGCGGCAGCUGGAAUCUCCCGCCGCAUAUCAAGUUCCGGAUGCGCGAGCUGUUCUGGGAUGAGUGCGUUAUUCAUCUGUUCUACUUUGUGGGCUUGAUGGAUGAGGAGACUGCGUAUAAGCAUAAAGCGACCCUUUGUGCUUUUGAGCGGGAUGGUCGUCGGCUUGAUGCGAUUCGCUACCUGAGGCAGUACUGUGAUGCCGCACGGUGGGCGGAGUUGGGUCUGUCGGAGGAGUAUUAUUUGCUUUGGGUUGGUCUUGCCAGUAAUAUGCAGAGUAAUGCGGUUGACUAUGAGCCUGAGGGCACUGUCAAGUGUAUGGAUAUAUUUGUGGCAGAUCCGCUGAGCCAUGUUGCGAAGGAUAGGAAGGACUGGGUCGAGGGUCGGCUAGCAGCCUGGACGGAGUUUGUUAGAGAAGACUUGCAGUUCCACGAUGUGCAAGGGGCACACUAUACAAUGUUGAAUAAGGAGUAUGUGGUUGGAUUUGCGGACACAUUGAGGAGCGUACUGAGGGACAGGGGGCUCUAG